AUGACAGCAAUCAUAGAGCAUCAGACCGACUCUAGCAGUUCUAUCAAGACAAAACAUGCUGGUCAGCAGGGUCUCAGCAGUCGCUCCGACGGCAAGAUAUUUGCGACUGCAGGCUGGGAUGCACGAGUUCGAGUUUAUUCUACACGGACGAUGAGAGAACUGGCGGUAUUGCAAUGGCACCAGCAGGGUUGCUAUGCGUACUGUAUGUAUAGAAUCAUACAGCUCGACUAUUUCAGGAGAUCUAUUGGCAGGGCUGAGAGGUUUCAUCUGUUCCUAUUCUGUUGCAAGUAUACUCCACACUGGAGCAUCACUGUCCAUCCUUCUAAAGACUCUAUGCGCAUCUUCAGGACACCGAAUUCGCAUUUGGCUGUACUUAAAGACUUACCGAUGGAAGAGCUCGAGACCAUCAAUCCGUUUACACUGGCCCCCUGGGAGAAGCGAAUACAGACCGUCGUCGACGAAACCACGACGGAAAAGGCCGUUGUGGUAGACACGGCAGUGCACCUUGCGGUCAAUUGCUCGGCACGGGACGGCUUGGUGGGAAUUGGCGGAGCCACUCAGCUGGCUAUGUUAGCACGUAGCAAGCCAAAGCGCAAGACCUUUUACACUAUGAUCGGCACCUGA